ACAAAGCGCAGAAGAGAAGCAAUCCCCUGCGUACGGAGAGCACUAUAUUCCGGUGUGGAGCUUGCUCGGGAACUCGUAGAUCUCUGCUUCGGAACUAGGGUUUCGUCUCGGCAAUGCCCGUAGGUCUAGGGUUUUCCGGGAUCCGAACCUUAUCGGAAGGAUAGACUUCUUCAGGGAUACUCGAGGGGGAGAUAAAGCAAAGCGGUUUCGCCAUGUACAGCGGUUCUAGCGAUGGUGAAAGCCACGAAGCCCCGCCGAGGAAGAUCCCGCCGGCUUCCUCCAUGCCGUGGGUACGCAACCUCCGCCGCUACAUCGGAUCCGGCGCCGGGCUGGGAUCCGAAGCCUUGAUGGAACUUGAAACAAAAAGAAUUUUGCUUGACAUAUUUAAGGAGAAGCAGCAAAAGAGCGCCGAAGCUGGCACAAUUCCAACAUUCUAUAAGAAGAAACCAGAAGAAGGAUCCAUUAGUCACAGGGUCCAGAGGUUGGCCAAAUAUCGGUUUUUGAAGAAGCAAUCAGAUCUUUUGCUAAAUGCAGAUGAUCUUGAUGCCAUGUGGGUUUGCUUGAGGGAAAACUGUGUGAUUGAUGAUGCCACAGGUGCGGAAAAGAUGAAUUAUGAAGAUUUUUGCCACAUCGCAUCUGUAUGUACAGAGCAAAUAGGCCCCAAAUGUCGACGCUUUUUCAGCCCUUCAAAUUUCAUGAAGUUUGAGAAAGAUGAGUCAGGAAGAAUUGCCAUUCUGCCCUUUUACCUUUAUGUGAUGCGUACGGUUUCACUUACUCAGGCCAGAAUAGAUAUGAGUGAGCUUGACGAGGAUUCUGAUGGCUUCCUUCAACCUCAUGAGAUGGAGGCAUAUAUACGAGGCCUUAUUCCUAAUCUGGCGCAACUUCGGGAUAUGCCUGCAGCUUUUGUCCAAAUGUAUUGCCGCAUAGCUGCACACAAAUUCUUCUUCUUUUGUGAUCCACAUAGACGAGGAAAAGCUUGCAUAAAGAAGGUGCUACUUAGUAACUGCCUCCAGGAACUGAUGGAGCUACAUCAGGAAAGUGAGGAAGAAGUCACUGAUACUGAACAGGCUGAAAAUUGGUUCUCUUUGACAUCAGCACAGCGCAUAUGUGAUAUGUUCCUUGCCCUUGAUAAAGAUAUGAACGGGACAUUGAGUAAGCAGGAGCUUCGAGAAUAUGCAGAUGGAACAUUAACAGAUAUUUUCAUUGAGAGGGCAUUUGAUGAACAUGUUCGGCGCGGAAAAAGUGCUGGAGGUAAUGCUCGAGAGAUGGAUUUUGAAAGUUUUCUUGACUUUGUUCUGGCCCUAGAAAACAAAGACACCCCGGAGGGAUUAACAUAUUUGUUCCGGUGUCUCGAUCUUCAUGGAAGGGGAUACCUCACAACAGCUGAUAUUCACACACUUUUUAGGGAUGUACACCAGAAAUGGAUAGAGGGAGGGAACUAUGAACUGUGUAUCGAAGAUGUAAGGGAUGAAAUCUGGGAUAUGGUGAAGCCAGUGGACCCACUGAGGAUUACACUAGCUGAUCUUCUGGUUUGCAAGCAGGGAGGGACCGUUGCGAGCAUGCUCAUCGAUGUGCGUGGGUUUUGGGCACAUGACAAUAGAGAAAAUCUUCUACAGGAAGAGGAAGAGCCUGAAGAAGAGUAAGAACAGAGGGCUGCAGCAUACGUGCACAUUUCAAACCCUCCAUUCCUUACUACUAACCACAUAAUUGGCGUCCAAGAUUCGAUUUAUUUUUAUUUUUACGGUUCUGUCGUAUUUUUACCAAAUCAAAAGCCCAUGGCCGUGAAAUCUGUAUGGUCUGCCAGAAGGGAUUUUUUUUUUUUCAUCUUUUUUCUUUUUUUUUUCAUUUCACUUUUUGUCUGGGGUGUAAUUAGAAUGUGGCAUGUGUGAAACAUGUAAAACAAUAAUGAAUGUAGGCGGAGAUUGGAACUCAUUGGUUUCGAAUGAGAAAUGACGUUCCCAUAUCCGAUGUAUUUUCUUUGCAUUUUUUUUGAAGUCGGAGAAGAAAAUGUUAUCCAGUGCAGUGGUCACUGGUCAGUGGAGAGGAAAAUACAAGUGUUAAGCAAGUUUUUUAUAA